CCGCCAUGUCCGAAGGCAUCGCCGAGUCUAUCCCAACCUCGUCUGACUCGCGCUCCAAGAGGCCCUUGAAAAAGCGCGCUCUCACGCCCGGUGGCAAGCUCGCGCAGGAUGUAGAAGCGCUCUUUGCGAAGCCAGACCGCGAGAUCCACAUCCCAGGAUCCAAGGGCGACAAGAGCCUUGCACCGCCGCCUGAAAUCGUAGCCAAUGUCCAGGGUUCCAGCGCAGGAGCUGGCAGCGGCGAGUUCCACGUCUACAAGGCGAGCCGCCGGCGCGAGUACGAACGGCUGCGCAUGAUGGACGAGGAGGUCAAGAAGGAAGAGGACGAGAGGGAGUUCCAGAAGAAGAAAGAGGAGCAGGAGCGCAAAGACCGCGAGAAAACCGAGAAGAACAGAGCCAAGAGGGAGAAGGCACGCGCACGAAAGGAAAAGCUGAAGAAGGGACAGAAGGGCAGUGCGGGUGGUAGCCAGGCCUCGCCCGCUCCAGAAGGCGACAAACUGAAGAAGAAGCUCGCGCCCAACACCAAUGCUCCUAGGCAUGCCGAUGAGGAAGAGGAUCCGGUCCUCAAUGGAGGCGGAGAAGUCAAGAACGCCGACGAGAUUGGCCUCGUCAUCGAGGACGACGACUGA